AUGCUUCUUAGCCGAUACUGCAACCAUAUCAUUUUUGGUGAGUCCGGGUUGAACCCACUAACAAAUGGAGAAUUUGCCCUUGCAGAAUCGUUGAUGAAGAAGUUGACCGUCCCGAGCGCGAGUGAGUCUAUUGCCCGACGCCGAGAGAAGAAAAUGAGGGAGUCCUUGGCCAGGGAGGAGAGGAGGGUAGAAGAUGUGUUGGCGACGUCGCCGAGUCAGCAACCUCCGAGUCAACAGCCUUCAGUGGGAGCCGGGUCGUCCCAGGCCGUCGUUGUAGAUGAGGAAGUCGGGACUAUUACUAUCAUGAUUCCGGCUACUGCGUCGACUUAUUCCGACACGACAUCUAUGAGUAGGCUGGCAGACUCUUUCUUGUUCCCGGCGGACGAGGCGCGCCUAAAUCAGAUGGGUGCAGUUGCUGCCGCCGAUUGGGGUGUAUCCCGCGCCGUUCAGGAGAAGCGGAUACAGGAGGUAUCCAAGGCCAACACUGGUUUACGGCAGAGGGAGGCAACAUUCCGGAAGGCUGAGCAGGAGAGUCAGCAACGCCUCAGGGAUAGUGAGGCCAAAGUCGAGAGGUUACGGCACGAGUUGGCCGAGAGGACCAUAGAGGUCGAGUCCCUCAGGGAGCAGUGCAUCUCCAUUAUUGAUGACGCCAUCAUCAAGGCCCGAGGCGAGCUCAUGCUGGAGUUCAAGGAAGGGCGGACUUCUCAUUGGGAUCCGGAUGAAGACAUUCUGCUCAUGCAGGAGUUGUUGGAGGAAGGAACUGACCCCAUCAGGCAAUUUGUUUUGGAUUGGGAAAAACGUGUACAUAUCAUUGAAGCAGUUACACAAGCGCUUUUAUAUCUCAAAGAAUACUCAAGAUUGACUAUUAUUCAUCAAGAUUUAAAAGCUAGUAAUGUCUUGUUAGAAGGAAAUAUGAAGCCAAAAAUAUCAUACUUUGGCAUGGCUAGAAUAUUUGCUAAAGAUGAUCUUGAAGCAAACACAAGCCGUAUUGUAGGAACAAUUAGUUAUGUUCCUCCUGAGUAUGCUAGAAGAGGCAUAUACUCUACCAAAUUAGAUGUUUAUAGUUUUGGGGUUCUACUUCUACAGAUCAUAAGUGGCAAAAGGAUUUCCCUUUUAUAA